UGAAGAUGGGACAGUUAUAACAUGUAAUCGCGUACGAAAUACACGUCAGUCGUGUGUCCAAAAGUCAUUGCAUGCAAACUGUGCAGCGAGUUGUUAUCCUUAGCGGAUGUGAGUCGUGAUAAAGCGUGUGGAUUGACAUCGGAGAUGUGGGAAGUCAUUCGGAAGUGGAUUACUUAAAAAAAAUUAACGGCCAGAAUAUGACUGACAAAUAGCGUCGCUGAACUUCGAAGGAUUUGCUCGAUCUAUGCAAAAACCUGCAUUCGAGAGGAAAGUUCAUCCAUUAGAGAUAUCCAAAUUUAGCGAAAUAAGCGCCAUUUAUCCAUCGAGAAAAUUGUGAGGAGCACAAUUUCAAAUUCGGUGUCAACAAUCUACUAUCCUAGCAUCCUAAAAGAAGUGCAUUCGUGACAGAAAGGAAAAGUUGGAGGAGAAAGAUUGGAGAAGUUCCUCGAAGCCUGAAUGUGCACGUACGGUGGAGCGAGAAAGUAACUGAAGGUAGAAAUCGCAAACUGGUGUUAUUCUCGAGCAAAGUGCAUCCAGCGCAUCGUAGGUCGUGGAUUUUUUUAUAUAGUAAAGUCUCAAAGGAAAACGCGACUUGUAAGAAAGUUACAUUUUGCUAUGUUCUCGAUUAAAUAUCAAGAGAAUAUCUGAUAAAUAUUGAAAUCGAAGUAUUUGUGGUAUUAGUCUAAUAUUUAUUUUUGAAUAGAAUAUUUUUUCUGUUUACGAAGGAAGACAUUGAACUUAAUGUUAGUAUCACGUGUUCUGUGGAUGAUUCAUGACUCAUAGUAGCUGAGGUAUUUUCAUAUUCAUCGAUUACACAGAAGGCCAUUGGAGAACUCAUUGCAGAAUCAACCGAGAUAAUAUGUAUUUUUCUUCAUCGCAAGAAUAUUCUCUCAGUUACGAAGAAAAAGGGGUUGUGUUCCAUUUCAUGUGAUUUUUUAUCAGCAACCUCCUAAACUAUUGUGAUUUAAGUCAAUUACUGUAAAAGGCAGGCCAAUGCAGGAUUUGCAGAAUCGAUAGAAACAAUAUGUAGUUAUCGUAUUUUUAAUUAGAGCGAAAUGAUCUCUUUUUCUUUGUGAAAAACGAAAUACGUUGUACUUAACGCUUUGGUUUAUGCGAAUAAUUCACUGUAAAACAGCGAGUCGAUAUCAAUCACUAACCUUACACAUAAGCCAAACAACGUUAUGUUGAACACAAAAAUUAUUCUCAUGUUAUAUUCUGCGAUUAUCAACAUAAAGUUUCUUAAGUCUGAACGCUACAUUUAGUCUAAAAAGAUAAGCAACUGCCAAGUCAGUCGCUCGGUCAAGGGAAACUGAAGACAAAACGGUGAUAACGAUAGAAUAAGCGAAGCAACGGAAAGUGGAAAAGAGAAAAUUAGUAAGAAAGAGAUAGACCGAUAGAGAAAAAAGAAAAAGGACAGCGACUCUACAAGUAGCAAACCGAUUUAGCAGGCGUGCACGUACUCCAAGAAAAAGAUAAAGAAAAGAACGGUUAUCAAAGUAAUAAGGAAAGAAGAAAGACAGAGAUAAGGAGACAGAACGAGAUAAAUAAAGAAGAAAAACGACGAUUGGUAAAAUUUAAAAAAAACGAGGAAGAAAACGGAAUAAGAUCAGUAGAAGCAAAAAAGUACCCUUCUCGAAACUGGUCUUCAAAAUGAAUAAAAAUGUUCUGACAACUUCGAAUACCAAGAAUUUUUUCGACGAAGAAGCUAUUUUGAAGAAGGUACAAUGGCGCAAUCUCGUAGCAUUCUGGAUCCUAGGUCUAUGCAACAAUUACGGCUAUGUCGUGAUGCUCAGCGCGGCCCACGACAUCCUAAAGAGCAAAUUCGGUGAACAAAAUGACACGUCAAGCACAAACGACAUGAACAUGACGGAACAUCAAUCGAACACGACUCGUACAUGCAACACGGUUUCAACCGGUGCCAUACUUUUGGCAGACAUUCUGCCAGCACUGGCAAUCAAGAUAACGGCGCCGUUUCUACCAUUUCUAGUGCAUGCUCGACUGGCUACCUGUGUGUUAUUUUCCGCUGCAGGAUUCAUCAUGGUGUCGUUGAGUACUACCGAAUGGAUCGCUAUUAUGGGCGUCGUUAUAACGUCGCUUUCUUCCGGCUUGGGUGAAGUUACUCUUCUCAGUUACAGUAAUCAGUUUUCCAAGCAAGUGAUCUCGACAUGGUCAUCGGGCACGGGCGGUGCCGGGGUAAUCGGCGCUGUAUCUUACGCUGGGCUCACCUUGGUACUAUCUAUCGAGAAUACAUUGUUAGUCAUGUUGGUAGUGCCAUUUUUGCAAGCGAUCACGUUCUGGGUUAUCCUCAAACACCCGACGCACACCAGAAUUCCAAUCACCAAGAACGGCAUCGAUAGUCAAGAACAAAUCAUCAAGAUCCCUGAAAAGACUUUCAGGGACAAGAUUAAUUUAGUACCUGGCUUGCUGAAGUACAUGAUACCACUUGGGCUCGUUUACCUAUUUGAAUACUUCAUCAAUCAAGGCUUGUACGAGCUUAUCGAAUUCAAAGAUAUUUGGUUGACACACUCCGAACAAUACAGAUGGCUCCAAGUGGAUUAUCAAAUAGGUGUAUUUAUCUCGAGGUCAUCGGUGAACCUGGUCACCAUUAAUAAAAUUUGGAUUAUGUCCGUGUUGCAGUUCUUUAAUGUUAUACUCUUUUUCUUCGAGACCCUCUAUUAUUUCAUACCAAAUAUAUGGAUCGUUUUUGCUCUUGUAUUGUGGGAGGGUUUGCUUGGCGGCGGAGCAUAUGUGAACACGUUCUAUCGAAUGUCGACUGAGAUUCCAAAGGUGGAUCGCGAAGCUUCUUUGGGAAUCGCGUCGAUGGCAGACUCUAUCGGAAUUGCGUUGGCCGGUUGGCUGUCCAUGCCUGUUCACAAUGCCAUUUGUAAAUUACCGCAACCGACGCGAUUAGGUAGUUAAAGAUAUCGUGAUGGUUCACCCGAUACUUAGUGAAACAAAGUUUCUGCGGAAACUUACUUUAAAAAGUUCCUCAACACAAUAUGCCGAUGAUUAGCGGCGAAUAUGAAGCGUUUCUUUUAUUAAUUUAACGAUUGCAUGUAGGUCAAAUGUAUGCAAUUGUUUAAUCGCGCGUUCGCGGAUCAUAAAAUUAUUAACGGAUCAUAAAAUUAAUUCCGGUCCGGUUAAACUUUUAGCUUUGUGGGAGUAUUCGAAUCUACGAAAUCUUGAGGAAAUAUUAAUAAAGCAAACGUUCAGAAUGCAGGCGGCACGGUGAUGAAUUUUGAUAUAGUUUAUUACUUUUAAUAUAUUUUAUAAAUAUUAAUAUUUAUUAAAUAUUUCCUAAAUGAUAUUUUUAAAGUCAUAACCGUGUCGCUUUCAAAAAUAUUGUAGAUUCAUUAUAAGCGCCUUUUAAGCAGUUCACAUUGGAUUACGAUGUAUUACAAUUACAAAUAUCCGAGCUUUAUUCGGUACAAACGUUUAAAAGAUUAGGAACAGGGCAUAUUGCAGUACAUGUCGCAUAUUAAAUAUACAUAAUAUAUAUAGGCGACGUAACAUGUAAUACACGAAUACCAUCUGUGUUUUCGCUGCGGAACGAAAGAAUUUCUUUCUCUCUAGAUCCUGCUGUACUAUAGAUACUAUUUGUUUCACGAUAUGCGUAUAAAUUUUGAAAAUUGUACUGUAAAUCUAUAUUUCUUCUAUAAACAUAUCUAAAUUUUGACUUGUACUGUAGACCUGUUUAGUGCUGAUAUCGUAGAGAUAUAUUCCGAGAUUACUAUUAGUUGUUGAUCUUUACAUCGUUUCCAUAAUAUUUCCGACUUGUUGCGAUGAAACGAAAUACGCAAGUAUUUUCGUGCGUUCUCAAGAUUCCGCACCGUCGAGA